GCAGGAGAAGGGGGCCUGGGAGCGGGGAGACGAAGCUUUUUCCCUGAAAACAGCUUGUCCUCCUCUGGUGUGGGUGGGAGCUAUUGGAUGCUGGGGCUGGAGAGGCAGUGAACCAGCUGGUGCCCCUGCCUCGAGCUUGGCCUCUUCACUUGAGAGGUGUCCAUAUGUUUAUUUUCAGCCCACUAAAGGUGACUUUAUGUUCCCCAUCUUCUGACAUUAGCUGUCCUCCUCCUGAUGCCUCCCACGAUGCCUCAGCUCCCUUUUCUGGUCUCUAGCUUUCUAAAGAUGGCUUCAGAUUGCUGCCCUCAUACACACACAUGUAAGAGUGUGCAUUUCCCCCUGCUGUGUCCCUACAGACACAGGUGUGAGCUGUUAACUCACAAGUGUGUCUUAAGACUGAGGCGUGGCACAGGUCUCCAGGCCCCACAACAGGGCUGCAUCCCCUUCUCCUGGCCAGGACUGCCCCUUCCCCAGGUCCCCUCUCUGUGGAUGCUUAGGUCUGGGUGCUUCAGGGAACACCCCGUUCUGGGCCCAGAGCUCUCCUCCAACUGGUGGCUGAGCUGCGAAGCUGAGAGAGAGUGGGUGGAUGGCAGGAUGCAGGCGGUGGCAAGGUCAGGUUAGGGGGCAGGUUUGGUUGGUGGAGUUAUAGAUUUGGCAGCUGGUGGGUUUGGUUUAUAAAUCCCUACCCUAGAAUUCUAGACACUAGGCUCCCCUCCUGGUUCUUUUUGCCACCUGGUUUGGUGAGUGUCUCUGUCUGUUUGAGGAUCUGGACUCAUUUUUGUCCCUCUGUCUUGACCCAGUCUCUAUACUUUUCUCUCUGUUGUCCUUGGCUGGAUUAGCCUCCAGCCUCUCUGGGUCUCUUCCACAGGGGAAACCUCUGUGAUGUGUCACAUUGAGUAGUGUUUCUCCAGGUUGCUCUGUGAGAUCUCAUUUGGUGUUACUCUGAGGCUGUCUCUUGGGUCACUUUGGGGCAUGUCUCUCUGUGGGUUACUUGGGUGUCUCAGUGAGGGGUUCUCUUUGGGAAUCUAGACCUGUAUCUUAGUAGGUGAUGGAUAUGAAAGGGCUGCUUUAACAACACUCCUGAGUUUGUUUGCUCUUUGCUUUUGCUUUGUACAAAGCCCUGGACUCUAGCAGGAUUAAGAAGCAAUGGCUUUCAAGAGCCUGGUCCCACCUGGGUCCGGCCCUGAGUAGCAGCAUAGCUUUUCCCAGGGCUGCUCUCCACGCUUUCCUGCCUGGACAAGAGCACAGCUGGCAGGGCGCAGCUGGCAGGGUGUGGCUGGUGGGCCGGUCUAUGAUUUUCCCUGCCUCUGGCAUCAAGCUGGGGCCUGCCCAACCUUUCCAGGCUGAUCCUGGCAUUCUCAGAGACAGGGCCAUGGAGAAAAUGACCUCUGAAGUUGUUCUUGUGUAGCCAGAUUCCACCCCCAUCCCAAGUCUCUGAAUGUUUAGCUUCUUUUUUUUUUUUUUUUGUCUUUUUUAUCAGUACCAGGGAUCAAACUCACGACUGCCUGCUUGCAAGGCAGGCGCUUAUGCUGCUGAGCUAAAUCCCCAGCCCCAUGUUUAGCUUCUUUAAUGUGGUGUUUUUGAGACAGGGUCUUACUAUGUAUCCCCAACUGGUCUCAGACUUGUGAUCCUUCUGCCUUGGCCUCCCAAAUGCGGGGAUUAUAGGCAUGUACCAUCAUUGCCUGGCUAACUUCCUUAAUAUGAAGCUCAGCCCCCAACCCCAUCCCUAUCUGCAUAGAGACAGUAUCCCAUGACACAGGGCCUCUGGGAUGAGGGGAAAGCACCUUUCCCCAGAAUCCCUGCCCAAGAGGGAGCUUCCAGUUAGAUGGCAGAGGCCCUGGCUCCAGAGGCUCCUGGCCUGAGGCGGGAAUGACUCUUUCAGGGAGCCCUGGACUGCUAGCCCUCAGCCUGGCUACCGCCAGACAGCGUAAGUUACCCUAUGAGCCAGCAUGUCAUGUGCCUAUGCACCCCACUGCUUGCUGCAGCCAGGAGCCAAGUUUGGACUCAGGUUACCCUGUCAUUUCCCUUCCCAAAGGCACAAAAACAGGGAGUCCUGCCCUUGGAGGUGUCCCUAACCUGGUCAAGGGAGACAGAAGGCCCUACCCUCUGUCAGUCCCAGAUGCAGGAAGGGGUUAGUGUCUGCCUGUGGUGUAAGACAGCAGCCAGGGCCUGCCCCUGGGGAGCCACUGUCCCUGCUUUCCCAUUCUGAGAGGGCUGGGAGGGGGCACAAGGCAGGGUUGGCCGCUGCAUCCUGGAAUGCACACCUUGCUGGUGUCUUUCAGCCCCAUAUCCAGUAUGGCCCCAGAGCAGGCACUGCAGAUGGUUGUCUCUACCCUCUGCAAAUAUGCUGGUAAGAUGAAGACAAGUUUAGGCUGAACAAAGGGGACAUGGAGGAACUUAUGCAGAAGGAGCUGCCUAGCCUAGUGGUGGUGAGUGGGACAGCCUGGGCGGGGGCAGAGUCCUGAGGAAAGCGUGGGGCCAGCAUGUCUUCUCUCUUCCACUUCUGGGUACCUGCUGAUGCAGACAUGGGGUGGGCUGAGGUUCUUACCUAAUAGAUUUGCUUCCCAGCCCCACUGGAGUGGCAGUGAGGCCCUCCCGUGAGUGUGUUAUGAAUUCCUGAGGACCUCGUCCUGUCAGGACUCCCAGACUCCAUCUGUUUAGUACUCUCAUUGGAGAACUGAACAACUCAAAGCCCAGAAAGGGGAAGCUACUGGCCCAAGAUCAUACAGCUCACCACGCACUCCCUACAACUCUUACUUUUCAUAUUUAUAUGCCAGACUAAGAAGCUAUAUAGGGAGAAUUAAGCCCAGCUAAGACAUGCACCCUGGAACACUCUGCCAAGAAAUGCCGUCAGCUCUCACUUGGCUCCUUGCCAGUACAUGGGAGGCAGAUCCUUCUUUCCUUCUUUUUGUCCCCCCCCCCCCCCGCCUUUUUUUUGAUACAGGGUUUUGCUAAGUAGUCCAGACCAGUCUUGAACUCACUGUAUAGCCCUGGCUGGCCUUGAACUUACGGUCCAUUUUCCUGCCUCAACCUCUUGAAUGCUGGGAUUAUAGGCAUGUAUCGCCAUGCCUUGCUCUUGUUUUCUCUUUUGUUUGUUUGUUUAAAAUUUUUCUAAUCAUCGGUGGUGCACACCUGUAACCCCAGCAACAAAGAGGCUGAGGCAGGAGGAUUGCUGCAAAGUUGAGAACAGCCUGAACUGUGUAGUGAGUUGAAGGCCUGCCUGAACUACAUAGUGAGACCGGUCUUAAAAAAACCAAAAAAAGUUUUUUUUUUCCCUAAUCAUUUGGUUGGUAUUAAAAAAUUGUGAGAAGUUGAAAAAGUAAAUAAGAUAUUAUAAAUGUGUAUUAAUUCUGGAAAUAAUGUCAUGUUAGCCUUUCAAAGUUUUUUCUUCUUUUUCAAAAUUGUUUUAAUGAUUUCAAGUCUUUUGGAUUUUCAUGGAAAAUUGUUAUCUUCGAGUGUUUCCCCUUAAAGUGUUUCUUGAAAAUUUUAAUUUCUCUGUAGUAUUUUCUAGUUUUCUAUAUUUAGGUCUUGUAAACUUUGGGGUGAAAUUUAUCAAUACUUUUAUAUUUUAAUACUCUUGUAACCAGUGUUUUUUGUUUUCGUGUGUUACCAUGCAGUGGAAGUAUAGGUGCUUUUCAAUAAAACUUAAAAAAAAAAGCCUGCCUUUUCUGAAUCCAUCUCGCUGCUGAUGGGGAGAAGCAAGCCUCAGUUUCCUCAUCGGCAGAACAGGUCCAUGAUGCCAUGCUGGGCUGGAGCUGAGCCCCGCCCCUAACAGGGCAGCUGGUGACUCCCACCAAUCAGCGCCCAGGAUGCUUCUUGCACUGAUUUUGCUGUGGAGCCAGGAUGACUGGGCACUGACUUAUGUGUGGGGUUUGGGGGUGGAGAUGAGUCCAUUCCCCUCGUUUUCAGGGCCUGUAGAGGAGGAGGGGCUGAAGAAGCUGAUGGGUGAACUCCACGAGAACAGUGACAAGCAGGUGGACUUUAAGGAGUUCGCGAUCUUUCUGGCUUUAGUCACUAUUAUGUCCAAAGACUUCUUCCAGGGUUACCCAUGCCAGUCCUGAAGGGGAGUUCUUCACUUCCUGCUGUGGGUCUCUUGGGCCUAAGAAGACUCUGUAUCCCUUUUAAUUUUAUACUCAAUAAACUUUUUUUCAUUCUUGAUCAUAGAGUAAUGAAUAGGGAGAGGCUGAAGCUGGUAAUUGAUCACAUGUGCGGGUGCGAGGCAAUCCCGUGGGAGAACAGUGUCCCAGGCAAGCCAAGCGAACAAGCUGCUUUCAGUCUGAGAACACUAAGCUCCCUGACAAUUCGAACAAUGGGUUGCUCGCAAAGGGAGUGUCAUGUGACAUCGACGUGCCAAAGGCAUGAAUAAACGCCCCGCAUCGGUUGAGCAGGUCUUUUCCUCCCAUCACACAAGAGAAGGCUCCGCCUGACCUCAGCUCUCUCAUUUCUGUGUCCUCUUGCUGUCCUGGCACUCCCUAACUUUGAGAGCUGUGCAGAACAUGGCAGUUAUGGCUCAUUGAUCCUUAUAAUCCAGUUGGGUCGGUUCAAGGGCUGGAGAAUGAGUACCUCCUGGACCCCACCCUGUUCUGCACCCGAACUCUUUUUCUUGAAAUAUCCCUGAGGCCAGAGCUGUGCCUCAGGUCCCAGUUUUUGAAAUUCCAGACACAAAUAAAAAGUCGGGAAUUAAAAUAGGUUUGCGUCAUCUAUGUUUGCCAAAUAAAGAUACUAAAGAAGGCAAAUACCAUCUACCAUCAUUAUUAUCUCAUAAAAAAGGGAGCAUUUUAAUUCCAAAAAGGAAGGACGGGUAUAAUCUCAGAAUGGAAAAACCUUAAUAUUCAAUACUGUGACCAACAAGUGGUGUUAAGAUUUGCUCCAGAGACACAAAUGAGUCUAACUCACCCCCCAAAGCCUUGUUUCAACUACUCUGUGUCAGAUUAUAGGCCGUAGGCCGGGAGCUAGUUUUUAAAAAAGCUGUAUUUAUUUUUAUAUCUACUUCCAGAUUGGCUAGCUCUAUUUUGAGUUCAUUCCUCCUCUGUUCAUUUCUGAUAAAAGCUCCUAGAAGCCAGCUCAUGCCAAAUUGUUCUUUCUGCCACUUUCCUAAAGCUGUAUCCCAGAUUUCCUUAUAUUUUGCAGCCUAAGGCAUGUCAGGAGACAGCUUGACCAGAGGCUUUGUUGUUUCAUAACAAAGGACGCCAACUUCCUGACCUACUAAGGCUAAAGCCUCAUAUUUUUCUUUCUUACCUUUGUCCAAGUUCACAUUUUAGGACCUUUCUCUUUAUGCAUCCCAUUUCUUGUUACCAAAUUCUCUGUAAGUUAGAAAUGUAUUCAGGCACCUGUUAUGGGUCACCCUGACUAGCAGUGACAGUAUGGUGGCACUGAAAUAUCUGACCCAAUCAGUCUGGGCUGACUAGACGACAUUCUCAGACAUCAAAGGGUUAAGAAAAUAUAUCGAAAUUUCGCUGGGUUAUUUCUGCAGUUAACAGAGAAAUCUGGGUUAGCAGUUCAGGUGUGGGCCAGUGGCUCAGAAGUGGCGGCUUAAAACAUAAAUUUGUUAUCUCUCUUAGUUUUGUUGGUAUACAGUUGAGAUCUCUCACUCCAGGUAUCUCAUGCAUUGCAGAUGCAAGUUGAGUCUGGAGUCAUUUGGAAGUUAAAUGAAAGCCCAGGGGUGCUCACUCAUUAAGCCUUGUAACUGUCACUGGCUAUUAGCCAGGAGCUCAACUGGAAUGGCUUGGGUGUGGCCUCUCUAUGUGGUCUGGGCUUCUCACAGCAUGGCAGCUGGGUUCCAAGAGGACCUUUCUCAAGAGGCCUACAUGGAAUCUGCAGAUCUUAAGAUUUGUUUCAGAAAUGCCAGGAUAUAUUUUCUGCUGCAAAUUACUCAUGGACAAGUUCAUGGCUCAGAUUCUAUGGGAAGGGAACUAGACAUCCUCUAAUGUAAGGUGCAGCAUGUAUGACCUUGAUGGUGACCAUUCUUAGAGGCCAUACAAAGGGUGAUAGGAAAUAUGGUGAAUGUUUACAUUUUAAAAAUGUCAUAAAUUCCCCUCAAAGUACCCCCCCUUCAAACACACUUAUCCCUCUUUUCUUGUCACUUUCUGCAACAGUUCUGGAAGCCCUUUCUUGAGUGUCUUUACAAGGUGUGAUUAAAAAAUACAGUGAGGCUGUUUCCCAGUGCCAUCCAAGGGAAAGGCAGGUCCAUAAAAACAUUAUGACCUCAUUUACCUUAUUCACCAGAUCUGGCACUGUGUGACUUAUAACUCUUACCUAAAUUCAGAAUGACCAUGAAAGGUAAAUAUUUUGAAUCAGUUCAGGCUGUCAUAAAGACAGCCAUGACAAUGCGACUGACACUCAUGAAAGAGGACUUCCAAAACUGCAUCUUUUUGAGACAGAGUCUCACUAUACAGUUCAAGUUGGCCUUGAGCUCACUUUUGUAGCCCAAGGUGGUCUCGAACUUGCAGUGAUCCUCCUGCCUCAGCCUCCUGAGUGCUGGAAUUACAGGCAUACACCAUCACGCCUGGUUGUCAAAACUGCUUCUGAAAGUGGCCGGAAUGAUAGGAUAAGUGUGCUUGUAGUGAGAGAAAGAAUUUUGGAGAGGAUUAAUGGUACUGUCUUUAACCAUCGUAAUUUAAAAUUUAAAAUUAAAUGUUUAAUUACAUUUAAAUUUAAACAUUCAUCAUAUAUUUUUGGUCAUACUGUAUGUACCAUUAUCUAUUUCUUUUUUUUCCUACUUUAUUUAUUUAUUUUUGUACUGGGGAUUGAACUCAUGACCAUGGGCUUGCAAGACAGGCCCUUAUGCCGCUGAGCUAAAUCCCUGGCCCUCUACUUUAUUUUUUUGAGGCAAAGUCUCUCUAUGUAGCCCAAGGUGAGCCUCAAUUCACAGCAGUCCUCUUGCCUCAGCCUCCAAGUGCUGAGAUUACAGCUAUGUUCCACUGUGCCUGGUUCUACAAUCUGUUUCCUAGCAAUAGUUCACAUCUUUCCUAUGUUCAGAAGACACUCAUCUCCUUCCCAAGACCCACAGAGCCUUGUCUUAAUAAAGCACUGACUUGAAGUGAAAGCUCUGGUUAUGUAAGCCAGGUCCAGAUACAAAUGAGCUUCCUUGAGUGCAGCCAUCCAGUGUUGCUCCUCGUGGUGAUUCCUCAUGACCCAAAGCCCCCAGAGGAAAGCGUUCACUGAGACAAAGGUAGGCACCUGCAGUAAACUCCUGUUUGAAAGGGCAGCAGUGGUGGUGGUGGUGGUGGAUGGUAUCGGAGACACAAGUUCUUACUGGGCUGUUGCGGUUCUGAAGCAGAGGCAGACACAUGUCCUCCAUCUGGGCUUGGUUCUGUUCUCUAGAAAAACGGAUCUUCAUAGCUUUUGGCUGCCUGUUCAGAAUGAGCUCUUUCUUUUCCUUAAGAAAUGUCAUGUUUAUAGCUAAUUACCUUCCUCAGGCCAUUUUCUUUCUGGCCUUAAGUAGGUAAUAGGGCUACUCAUAGCUGUAACUGAAUGCUUCUCACUGGGCAUAUUGACGCUUUGAAAGAAAACAAUGUUUUAAUAAUAAAGAAAGGGGAUGGACAGUGGGCAAGCAGGAACAGUACUUUUCUGAAUUGUUUCUUCAUUUUUCUUACUUCCCUAGAAACCUGUGUGCUUGGGAACCACUAACGGAGCAUCAGAGAGGGGAAGGAGCUGAGUGUGACGGUGCUGUGACAACAGCCUGUUCUCUCACUGUCUGCCUUUCAUUGCAGGCCCCCAGAACAGCUGCUCCCUUUUCAUGCCAGCAAAGAGAGGGGAGCCCACCUUCCUAGCAGCUCAUCAGAAAGGAGCCAAUAAAUACAGAUCAGGCAUCCGUGACGAUGGUGAUUAACAUGCCUGCAGCAGUUCUCAGAGCUCCUUUCAUGCCCACUGUCAUUUCAGCCUCCUGCUAACCUGAAGGAACCUUCAUUAGGGCCCUUUGUGGAGCAGCCCCUCUGGCCAAGCGCUCUACGAGGCCCACUCAAGCACUGUUUGGUUUCAUCCUCACAGUACUGGAUGAGGGGUGUUACUCUCAGUGUGUCACAGAUGAGGAAAUAGAGCCUGAGAGAGAUUAAGUAAGGUCCUGACUUGGCCUACAUUGUGAGAAAUGUAGUCCUCACCCUCUAGGGACAUUGGGUGGCAACCUGGGUCUCCUUCCACUUCUUAUAGUCAUCUCCAGAGCAUUGGGCCUUGUGUGAGGUGCAGAGGAGCUGGCUGAAUGGAAUUCAGACGCCCUUGGUCUCCCCACCUCAAGUCAGUGGAGAUCCAGUCUAUUCACUGGUGGUUGGAUUAGGGUGAUGGCUUUCCUUGGGGUCUGAGAUUCACAGUGGGUCCUAGCUUCUCAGUUCUGGGUUCUAGGACUAUUGUGGCUGGUGGACCCUGGCCUCAGAUGGCUGCCUCUGUACUUGUACCCACUAGAGAGUUCCAAAAGAGGCUAAUCUUUCUUUCUAGGUGUUUGAAAACACCAGACUUACUGAUCUGUCUCAACAAUCCCUCCUCCAUUUUAUGGCAAGGCAGGGAGAAAGGUCUGGAAGUAAUACUGUGCAGGAUCUGUUGGUAGGUUCUUUUCCAUUCCUUCUGGAAUUGCUGCUGGGACCAGAGUCUUAAGAAUCUCAUCUGCUGUUGUUAUUGGGAAGUAACUCCCAAACUGUUAGAUGUGUGGAGUUUGUGUCUCAAGACACCAAAGAAUGGAGUGGAGUUGAAGACAAGGGAGGUGAAGAGUAGGAAAGCUUUAAGAAACAUACCCUGGCCAUUUGUGGACUGCAGGGGAAGAGAACAAAAUGUCACCAAGAAGCACCCCCCCGCUCUCCCCCGCAAUUCAGCACCAUGUGUGGGCCUCUGGGGGAGAACCAGAUGUCAGCCUUUUCCUGUGAGUCAGUGCCAUUCAUGGACUUCGGGGGAACAGAACAAGAAGUCACCAAGAAGCAAGCCCCCCCUGAGAAUCUACGCCAUGCAUGGGCCACUGAGGGGAGUGCCAGAUGCCAGCCCCUUCCAAUGCAAAGGCUGGGAAACAAGAAGAACCAGUCCUUCCCUUGUUGCAAGUGACCAGCUGAUCUGGAGAAAAACAGGCUGUGAUGCUAUCACCAUUAUUGAGAGUUGAGCAGAAAUCUGACCUGUAGAACAGGACACAGACGCAAGAUGGAGGCAGGGAUGGCAAGUUUCUUCACCCUGCUGGAGUCAUCCAUUGGCACUUUUCAGGUCUGAAUGAAGAGCUCAUACUUUCACCAAAA